ACUUCUCCUCCUUGUCCCCAUUGUCUCUCUGCUUCUUGUUUUGGUAUACCAAAAAUUACUCACUUUCUUACAAAGUCACAACACCAGACACCAACUCAAAACAUAUUUAAAAUCUCUUGCAUUUGAGUUUUUAACACAAGAAUUAAAUGAAAAAGGCUACUACUUCUUCAUCUUCGUCCUCGUCGUCUUCGUCCGAUGGUGUUGCUGAUCAUGGAAAUUGCAAUGCUCAAUUACAAGAAGCUGGUAAAUCGAAACGCAUUGCGAAAAUUCAUCAGAAGAAGAAGAAGAGUCAGAAAGAUAACGCGAAAAGUCCGAGUUCUGCUAGACGAAGCUCCAUUUACAGAGGAGUUACCAGGCAUAGAUGGACAGGGAGAUUUGAGGCUCAUCUUUGGGAUAAGAGUACUUGGAAUAACAUUCAAAACAAGAAGGGAAGACAAGUUUAUUUGGGGGCAUAUGAUGAUGAGGAAGCAGCUGCUCAUACAUAUGAUCUUGCUGCCCUUAAAUACUGGGGACCAGAUACAACCUUGAAUUUUGCCAUAGAUAGAUAUUCGAAGGAGGUGGAAGAGAUGCAAAAAAUGACCAAGGAAGAGUAUUUGGCGUCUCUUAGACGGAGAAGCAGCGGAUUUUCUAGAGGCGUUUCUAAGUACCGUGGGGUGGCCAGGCAUCAUCACAACGGUCGAUGGGAGGCACGGAUCGGACGGGUUUUCGGGAAUAAAUAUCUCUACCUUGGCACUUAUAAUACAGAAGAAGAGGCAGCGGCAGCUUAUGAUAUGGCGGCAAUAGAGUACAGAGGAGUGAAUGCUGUCACCAAUUUUGAUAUUAGUCAUUACAUAGAGCGCUUAAAAAAGAAAGGCUUUGCGUUAGACCACAUUGUUCCCGAUCCGAAUUGCUCGCCGGAACCUGAAGAUUGCCAAAAUGUGUCAUCACCAGCACCGCCGCAAGAGGAGCAGCAGCUGCUGCUUCCAUGCAUGGAUAGUAAUGAGCUUCCUUGGAGCUUCUGUUUGGAUUCAGGGAUGGCCCUCGUCUCGCUACCGGAACUUCCUUCGGACAGUUUUUGUGAGUUGCCGGACUUGUUUGACGACUCGGGCUUCGAAGAUAAUAUUGAUUUACUGUUUGACUGUUAAAGGACAAUGGGGAUCGGAUGUUAUCUCCAUUGCUUUCUUAUAACUAUCUUGUUUUAAGGUUGACAUAGCUUUUUUUUUGCCUUUGUUUCUUUUUGGAGGUCUUAUGGUUGAGAGAGGUUUUUAGCGGUAUGUCUUGUUAAGUCUUGGAAGGAAAUGUGAGUGAAAAUUUACUUGUUUUACUUUUUCUAAAUGUGUUUUAAAUUUUU